CAACCGCUUUCGAGAGGGGAAUUGUGUGGAAGAGAAACAAAAAGCAAUCUCUUGGCUUUUGUUCAUAAGAAAGAUCUCGUCUUUGAGUUUUUGUACUUUUAGAGAAAGCCAGAAAGAAGAGAGAAAAGAAAAAAAAUAAGGAAGGAAAUGAUUCUCAUGUCUGAGAUUUUCUUCACUGCUGGAAAGCUGGAAGAAGGAGAGUGGGAGAAGGAGAGAUAAUAAUAAUAAUAAUAACAUCACGUAUUCGCCUAAAAACCCACAGCACCACAAGAAGGAAGAAGAAGAACCCCAAAGUUUUGUUUCAUCUUCUGCGCUAUCGGCAAUGUCUGAAACCAUAAUCGGCGAUACCAUGGCGGUAUCAUCAGAAACUCAAGCAAUAUCGGCAAAACCCGAAGUCGAGUCGGUGAAGUGCGAUUGCUGCGGACUGACCGAGGAGUGUACCCCGACGUAUGUCGAACGUGUACGAGAAAGAUAUCAAGGUAAAUGGAUCUGCGGGCUGUGUACUGAAGCAGUGAAAGAUGAGAUUACGAGGACACACAGGCUCAUCAGCACCGAGGAAGCAAUGGCCAGGCACAUGAAUUUUUGCCGAGACUUCGUCUCGUCGGGACCGCCUUCUGAUCCUACAAUUCAUCUCAUAUCUGCCAUGAGAAGUAUUCUUAGGAGGUGUUUGGAUUGUCCGAGAGGUUUGAGGUCAACCCCGAGUAGCCCCACGAGGAAGGUGGGUGAGAUUCGGGGUCCAGGGCUUACUCGGUCCGAGAGUUGUUUCCCUACCCUCUCCGGUUGAAAGAGCCGUACUGUUGUAAGAGGAAAUUCUAUGUAGAUUUGAUCUCAAAUAUACUUCUUUCAGAUAAAUUGCACUUGUCUUUUCCAUUC